GCCGGCGGGCGGCGGCCGCUGGGAGUCGCGGAGCCGGCCGCACCGGGCCGCCGCUGCGGGGCCAUGAUCCGGAACGGGCACGGCGCGGCCGGCGGUGCACAGCCGCCGGGUCCGGAAGGCAGGCGCGCCGUGCGAGUGUGGUGCGACGGCUGCUAUGACAUGGUGCAUUACGGUCACUCUAACCAGCUGCGCCAGGCACGGGCCAUGGGCGACUACCUCAUCGUGGGUGUGCACACCGAUGAGGAGAUCUCCAAGCACAAGGGGCCCCCGGUGUUCACUCAGGAGGAGAGGUACAAAAUGGUACAGGCCAUCAAGUGGGUAGACGAGGUGGUGCCGGCGGCUCCCUACGUUACCACGCUGGAGACACUGGACAAGUACAGCUGCGACUUCUGUGUCCAUGGCAAUGACAUCACGCUGACUGUAGAUGGCCGUGACACCUACGAGGAAGUGAAGCAGGCUGGGAGGUACAGAGAGUGCCGGCGCACCCAGGGCGUGUCCACCACGGACCUCGUGGGCCGCAUGUUGCUGGUGACCAAGGCCCAUCACAGUGGUCACGAGAUAUCCUCUGAGUACCGGGAAUAUGCAGACAGCUUUGGUAAGUGCCCUGGGGGGCGGAACCCCUGGACAGGGGUGUCACAGUUUCUGCAGACAUCUCAGAAGAUCAUCCAGUUUGCUUCCGGGAAGGAACCUCAGCCAGGGGAGACGGUCAUCUACGUGGCUGGCGCCUUCGACCUGUUCCACAUCGGCCAUGUGGACUUCCUGGAGAAGGUGUACGGCCUGGCAGAGAGGCCAUACGUCAUCGCUGGCUUGCACUUUGACCAGGAGGUCAACCACUACAAGGGGAAGAACUACCCCAUCAUGAACCUGCAUGAGCGGACCCUGAGCGUGCUGGCCUGCCGGUAUGUGUCAGAAGUGGUGAUCGGGGCCCCCUAUGCGGUCACAGCAGAGCUCCUGGACCACUUCAAGGUGGACCUGGUAUGUCACGGGAAGACGGAAAUCGUGCCUGACAAGGACGGCUCAGAUCCUUACCAGGAGCCUAAGAGAAGGGGCAUCUUCUGUCAGAUCGACAGCGGGAAUGACCUUACCACGGACCUCAUCGUCCAGCGCAUCAUCAAGAACAGGCUAGAGUACGAGGCCCGGAACCAGAAGAAAGAGGCCAAGGAGCUGGCUUUCCUGGAGGCCAGGAGGCGGCAGGAGGUACAGCGCGAGAGGGAGAGCGACUGUGACUUCUGAGCAGAGGGUGGUCACGCAGCGUGCCCACGGGCCAGCCCCCUCCCUGCUCUGCUUCCCAUGCCUUGAGGGUUUGGUUCCCACAGUUUUUAGCAAGGCUGCAGUGUUCCCUCUCCACCUGGCCUCCUCUUGGAGGAUGCUGCCCCCCUCCGCACCAGCACGGGGGAGCGGCCCAGUGGGCGGGAUGAGCAGCGGGCACCUUCAGCCAGAGGGGUGCCACCCUGUGUGCCACUGAAGGCCCAGCUUCUCCCCCCCUGCCCCCAAGCCCCUGCAGACCCAGGACACCCCUACCGCCUGGCACUGCUUGCCUUCCUGGCCUCACCGGAAGCCGGCUUCAGGGGAGCAGUGACCUGAAGGGGGCACCCCCUUUCCUCUUCAGGGCACAGACUAUGCCACCUCCUGUGUGGGCUCCCUGGUGCCCUGGGCCUGGCUCUUAGGCACUGUGCCCCCCACUUCCCGGGCCAGCCUUGCUGCUCUCCCCACAGACUGUUCUCGAUUUUGUAUCUGACUGGCUGGUGAACAACCAAAUAAACCUGGUGGGAGGUA